ACAUGGUAGAACAUUACAGUCAACAAUGUUUCCGCUUAGAGUGUGGUUCACCUGCGUGGUGAUUCUCUCCCUCAACCCCUUUCCCGCCCACUCCUGGGACUAUUGCCAGGAGCACUGGUGUCCGCGCUCCACCGACCACGUGGCCUGCAACAACAACGGGACCCUAGGCCCUCAAUGCGGAAAGGAGGCCAGACUAAUGCCGCUUAGCAAUCAGCAGCGGGCGUUCAUUGUGCACCAGGUGAACUUCUAUCGCAAUCAGGUGGCCUCGGGCGGACUUCCCGCCUUCGGACCCGCCCACCGCAUGGCCAGUGUGCGCUGGGAUCCUGAACUGGCGCAGCUGGCUGAGCUGGCGGCCAGGAGGUGCAGUGCGUCCGGCGAUGGAUGCCGCAACACCAGGCGAUUCAAGCACGUGGGCCAGCUGACUGGCCACGUAAUCUUCAGUGCGGGCAAGCACGGCGACUUGGAGCUGCUGCGCCACAAAAUCUCCAACUGGUUCGGCCAGUACAAGCGAGCCAACAAGGAUCUUCAAGCCGCCGAUCCAGCUAGUGACAUCACCAGUUUCCGGCAGUUGCUACAGGAAAGUUCCACCCACAUGGGAUGCGGCGUGCUCCGCCAGAGGAGCCACAUGCGGUGGCACCAGCAGUUCAUCGUCUGCAACUUUGCCCGCAGCAACAUGCCACGCGAGCAGGUCUACCAGGUGGGCGUGGCUGGCACGGGAUGCAGGUCGGGCAGGAAUCCUCGCUACCCCAAUCUCUGCGCCCUGCAGGAGCACUACGAUGUGAACGCCGUGGACCGCUUUCACACCAAGCGACCACUUGCGAUCAGGAUCAAGUACAGCGAAUCCCAACCAGCGAAGGCUUGGGCAGCUCCUCCUGGUGUAGCCUUCCAUCCCAAUAUCCAGUUGGGACAUCCUUGAAUGGGUAGUUUCUUAAAUAUAUUUCAAAUGUAAAUGUG